AUGCCCUCCACAUACAAAAAAGACAAGCCGUGGGAUACGGACGACAUCGAUAAGUGGAAGGUCGACCCCUUUACGCCUGCCGACAAUGCAGGCGGCACUUUCGCCGAAGAAUCGUCUUUCGCGAUCGUCUUUCCCAAGUACCGCGAAGUUUACCUCAAGGAGGCAUGGCCUCUUGUCACAAAGGCCCUCGAAAAGACGGGCAUCGCCUGCUCGCUUGAUUUGAUCGAGGGUUCCAUGACUGUUAAGACGACAAGAAAAACCUUUGAUCCCGCUGCCAUCCUCAAUGCCCGCGACCUCGUCAAGCUCCUCGCCCGAAGCGUCCCCGCGCCGCAGGCAAUAAAGAUUCUCGAAGACGGCGUUGCCUGCGACGUCAUCAAGAUCCGCAACCUCGUCCGUAACAAGGAGCGCUAUGUCAAGCGCCGUCAGCGCAUUCUCGGCCCCAACGGCUCAACUCUCAAGGCCCUCGAGCUCCUCACUCAGACCUACAUUCUCGUACAGGGAAGCACAGUGUCCGUCAUGGGACCCUUCAAAGGCCUCAAGGAAGUACGCCGCGUCGUCGAAGACUGCAUGGCCAACAUUCACCCCAUCUACCACAUCAAGGAGCUCAUGAUCAAGCGUGAGCUCGCAAAGGAUCCGGAGCUUGCGAACGAGAGCUGGGACCGUUUCCUACCCAAUUUCAAGAAGAAGACGCUCAGCAGGAGACGUGUGCCGCACUCCGUUACCGACAAGUCCAAGAAGGUGUACACCCCCUUCCCGCCCGCGCCCGAGAAGAGCAAGGUCGACAAGCAGAUCGAGUCGGGAGAGUACUUCCUCGGAAAGGAGGCCAAGUCCAAGGCCGCGCAGGCCGACCGCAUCGAGCAGCAGAAGCAAAAGAAGGAGGAGAAGUUGCGCGAGAGGGAAAAGGAUUUUGUACCACCCGAAGAGCUGGGCCACAAGAAGAAGAAGAGGAAGAAGAGCGAGGACGACGAGUGA